UGCAAUGGUACUUGAAUGGGUAUCAGCGAGCGAGUUCUGCCAACAUUGGAACGUACCACAACACAAGGCGAACAAUGCUGUCCUCGCGCUACAUGCUCGCCCUUUCUUAUCAGGACGGAAGGUAGUGAGUGAUGGGAUAGAGGAGGCAGCAUUGCAUGUUUGGAGAAGUGGGAGGCAGCGCAUCGCUGUGAAUAUGGAAGUAGACUGGCAAUAUCCUAUGAGGCGGGAGAUGCAAGAAAUCCUACCUGGUCUAUAUCUUGGUCCUUACAGUGCUGCUACAAAAUCCAGAUUCAAUACGCUACUAGAUCACGGAAUCACACACAUCAUUUGCAUCAGGCAAAGUAUAGAGUCGCACAUGGUUAGAGCAAAUUUUCCUGAUAAAAUAAAGUACCUAAUUCUUGACAUGGCAGAUAACUUGACGCAGAAUCUCAUAUCCCAUGUAGCAGAAUGCAGAACUUUCAUUGAUGAAUGCUUAGCAUCAGGAGGCAAAUGUCUCGUCCAUGGGAAUCUUGGAAUAUCCCGUAGUGCAGCAUUGGUUGUUGCUUAUGUAAUGGAGAAGAGAACACUCUCAUAUAGGGAAGCAUUAGAAUUUGUCCAAAAUAGAAGAUACUGCAUAAACCCCAAUGAUGGUUUUAAGCAGCAACUUAUGGAAUAUGAAGCCAUAUACAAAGCCCAACAGACUCUGCUAAAUGGACAGUGUUCCCAAGAGAAGGGGAAGCUGAAAAGAAAACAUGAUCAGACCUCUGAUGACUUUGACCAGGACUCCUCAGAACCCAUGGAGGCUGUAAGCUGAUGACAGGGAAAGUUUACAUGGUUGAGGACAUUGUGAACAGUCUGGUCUUGUGAUAACUGGAUAAUUGUUGAAAUGGACUGUUAUAUUAAUGGUCUACAUAAAGAGUUAGUUUUGUAAGAUUUUUAUUUUUUUAUAUUUCAAUGAAUGGAUGUAUUUCAAUACUGUAGUAUUUAUAUUAAUUGCUGAUUGAAUGCUGCAACUUUUUUACUUCUGCACUGUAGAUAAUUAGUGGACUUAAGUGAUUGAUAAAUAUUUUUAUGCUUUUUUA